UAAUAUGGGAGGAUCUCCCUUAUCCUGCCCUUGGAGGGGGCCCUUCGUGAUAAAAUUGACAAAAUUCAUUGGCAUCUAAUCAGUUCAUUUCGUUGAUUCAACACUAACGGAUACAUCGCACAAGUGCUGGAACAACCUUCUACAAGGGUGCAUCAAUUAGCAUGGCGACACUGGAGAGCUUAGCUAAGUGGAUCCCAUUUUCACAAUACUUUGGUGGCGAGUCCCAGCAAAAGUUGCUCUUCGUGCCCGAUGCUGAUAAACCUGACGUGGAUCACGAAAUAUCGGAACCUGCUCUCUUUCGAUUUUUAUUGAAUGAAGAAACUUUGAAAAAUUUCGAUGAAGCUGAAGUUGAAAUACCUGAAAUGCUGGCCGUUUUAAAAACCAUCGACAAAGAAUCAAAAAUAAUUGAAUUCGAAACCCACCAAAGCAGCAUAGAUAUCAUGAAGGAUUUUAAAGGAGCUUUCCACGUCUUCAUCGUCUUCAAAUCGACAAGUGAAAAAGUUGGAGACUAUUGGUGGUCACUAGAAAAAGGCAUGGACUUCAUCACUUUACAACGAUCCAGCAACAAAAACGGCGUCAAGGACAAGUUAUACGGCGAAUCGCGAACUAAAGUUGAGCCGAUUGAAGAAGGAUUAAUUGGGAAAGGUACGAUUCAAGAUCUUUUUGCAUUACUUUGGGCCCAACAGAUUAUUCCAGAAAAGUAUCACAUCUUGAACUCCAACUGCCAGUCCUUUGUCACUUUCAUCAGUCAACAAAUUACCGAAAAAGGAUACAAAUACCAGGGUUUUUUCAAGUACUCUCCCGCCCCUGAAAGUGGGCGGGACAAAAAAAUGUUGGAUUUAAUUGUAAUCCUAAGGGGGAGUUCUGAUUGGCACCCUUUAUUCACUCUAAUUCAAAUGGGAAAUAUCGAUCUUUUCGAUAAAAUAGUAGCGAGUGGCAAGUACGACAUCAACGCCUUCAUCUACAACGGACUUACUCCGCUCGACUCGGCGAUUUUGUUUUCGAAAACCGAAAUGGUCAAACAUCUUCUAAAACAUCCACUGAAUGCCGAUCCCACACGCGGCGAAGGGAGGAUGAACGCCCUUCAUUGGGCGGCCAUGUCCACAAUGAAGACGGAGAUCUUCGAUUUGCUACUAGCACACGACAAAAUCAACGUUGACGAUGUACACGGAGACGGAAUGACGGCUCUCCAUGCGGCCGCUUAUCUAUCCAACGUCAUCGCCGUUAAACACUUGAUAGAUAAAGGAGCCAAUCCCAACAUUAUCGACAAAGAAGGUAUAUCUCCACUUCACGUGGCUGUUUGCAAUCCAACGGACAUGAAAAUCAUCGACUUGUUAUUGGAGAACAUUAAACAAGGAGACAGCAUGAGCUUGUAUAACAACAAUGAAAAACUUUUCUCUUUGGUCAGUCAUAACAAGCACGAAAUAGAAGAGGAAAUAGUUGAACGGUUAUUGAAAAAAGGCAUAAUAAAACCUCGGAGUACCAACAGACGUUUGCUGGAAAGAGGAGCCGAUCCCACCGUACGGAACAAAAAAAGCUACACUCCAUUUUAUUUAUUCAAUAAAGAUCCCGGUAUUGUCAAUUCACUUCUGGAAAGCGGAAAGGUUGACAUCAAUGAAACUAUAGGUGAACAUAGAGUGACUGCUCUCCAUCUGGCAAUUAUAACAUCAAACCUGACUGACGCUCACUUCCUGUUGUCAAAAGGAGCUAACCCCAACGCCGCUGAUGUAGAAGGACGCACUCCACUUCAAUGGGCGGCAAGGUUUGCAAAAGACAUGACCAUCAUCGAGUUACUCUUGAAUCAUGAAGACACGAAUGUCAACUGCUUGGACAAUGCCGGGCUAAAUGCGCUACAGUACGCAGAGUACAACGAGCACGGGCUAACCGAAGAAAUUGCCAAUCUGUUGAGAGAGAAAGGCGCCGUGGAAACAAACUGGUUACUGAAAAAAAAACCGUACCAAGAAAGCCAGGAAUAUCACUUAACACUUUUGCGUGAUUAUUACAGCAGCAAUCGAAAGCCGGACGAAAUUGAAAACGUUUUAAGCGACGCUACAGUACCAAUUGAGGACAAAAUCGUUAAAAUUUCGGAUGAAUAUCUGCUUUCAGCUAUUAGAGAUUCGAACGUAGAAAGCCUUCGUCUCCUAUUGAAGAAUGGAGCAGAUACCAAGACAUGGGGAGAAACGGGAGCGAAUGAUGCCCUUCAUUUUGCAUCGUGUUUUGCAAAGACGACGGAUGUCAUCGACGCCAUUCUUGAAACGGGCAAAUUCGACAUCAACGGACUUGACAAUAAUGGAUGGACACCUCUCCAUUAUGCAAUGGGGGGAACCAACUUUGAAAUAAAGAUUCGUCACCUGAUUGGAAAAGGAGCUGAUCCCAAUAUUGCCGACAAGGAAGGCAACACCCCACUUCACUAUGUGACCGCAAAAGAAAUUGAGAACAUCAAUCUAAUGCUGGAAAAAGUCGAUAUCAAUCACCGUGACAAAGAAGGCAUGACUGCUUCUCACAGCGGAAUAAUUUUCAAACGCGUGGAGAUUGCUCGAUGCUUGAUGGAAAACGGAGCCGAUCCCACCAUACGCAACAAAAGAAGCUUCACUCCAUUUCAUUUGGCAGCAAUGUUUCUGACAGACACCGGUGUUCUCAACCUCAUGUUCGAAAACGAAAAACAGAUUGAUAUUGACGAAAGGGACAAAAGAGGACGGACUGCCCUCCAUCUGGCAAUUAUGAAAUCCAACGUGACUUCCGUUCGCUUCCUGUUAGCAAGAGGAGCCAACUUCAACGUUGUUGAUAAAUGUGGGUGCACUCCACUUCAUUUGGCAGCAAUGUUUCUGACAGACACCGGUGUUCUCAACCUCAUGUUCGAAAACGAAAAACAGAUUGAUAUUGACGAAAGGGACAAAAGAGGACGGACUGCCCUCCAUCUGGCAAUUAUGAAAUCCAACGUGACUUCCGUUCGCUUCCUGUUAGCAAGAGGAGCCAACUUCAACGUUGUUGAUAAAUGUGGGUGCACUCCACUUCAUUUGGCGGUAGCUCUAGCCAAAAACAUGGACAUUGUAAAACUACUCCUCAAUCAAAACGACGCGAAUAUCAAUUAUUUAGAUAAUAAUGGAUUCGAUGCGCUACGGUUCGCAAAGUACAACAAGUAUGGACUUACGGAAAGUAGGGAAAUUGGUGAUUUCGACAUCAACUGCCGUGAAGAAAAUGGAUGGACACCUCUUCAUUUCGCAAUGAUCCCCAUAAACGUGGAGACUGCUCGCUACUUGCUAGAAAAGGGAGCCGAUCCCACCAUAGGAGACAACGAAGGCACCACUCCAUUUCAUCUGGCAGCGGCAUUAAUUCGAGAAACCGACAUUCUCGGAUUAUUUCUGGCGAAUAACAAACAGUUUGAUAUUGACCACCGAGACAAAUUUGAAACGACUGCCCUGCACAUGGCAGUCAAGCAAUCCAACACAGCUUCAGCAGAAUAUCUUUUAUCAAAAGGAGCCAACCCAAACGCUGCUGUUCAACAUGGAUACACAACACUUCACAUAGCGGCCAAAUAUGCCAAAGACAUGGACAUGGUCAAACUACUACUCAAUCACAAAGGCACCAAUGUCAACUAUUUAGACAACAAAGGAAGAAAUGCGCUUCAUUACGCAAUGGACAACAUGCACGGACACGGCAAAGUAAUUGCCAAUCUGUUGAGGGAAAAAAUGGCCACGACGUCAGAAGGAGACAAUUACGAACCGAAGAACAUUGCGGCAUUGGUACCAAGUCUCACCGAAGAAGAUUCCGACAUAGAAACAAUUCGUUUGCUGAUAGAAGAUGGACAAGAUGUUAGCGCGAUGACAUGGGGAGAAAACGGAGCGAACGCACUUCACCUGGCGGCAGCUAAUGAAGAGACGACCGAUCUCAUCGACGCCUUUCUGGAAACGGGAAAAUUCGACAUCGAUGGAGUCGACAACAACGGAAGGACACCUCUCCAUUACGCAAUCAAAAGACCCAACCCUGUUACAAUCAACGCUCGUCGUCUAAUUAAAAUGGGAGCCGACCCCAGCAUCGCUGACAAGAACGGAGUCACUCCUCUUCACAUGGCAGCGAAAAAUGAAAACGCAGAAUCGAUGGAUCUCAUCGAGAUACUCCUCAAUACUGAAGCGGUGGACGUGAAUUGUGUCGACAAACAAGGACGGACUCCUCUAGCUUGUGCUCGAGACAACAAACACGGACUAAGUGAAAGAAUUGCUUUGAAAUUACGUAAAGCGAAAGCAACGGAAAUCAUCGAUAUCUCUUUGGAUACAGAAAGUCGUGACCCGCAUGUGACAACACCUCCCGAAUGCACAUCAGAUGAUGACAACGAGAAUAUGGUGAAGAAAGUUCUAACAGAGGCAAUCGCACAUUCAGACGCUGAAAAGGUUCGCAACCUGAUAGAAAUGGGAGUCGAUAUCAGUAAAGUGACGUGGAGAGGAUUGAAUGCCCUGCAUGCUGCAUCGGUUUGUGCAAAGACAACCGAAAUACUUGAUGUCAUUUUGGCAAGUGGCGAGAUCGACAUCAAUGCUGGUCGUAACGAAGAUGGCGAAACUGCACUUCAUUUCGCAUUGCGCGCCAACAAAAUGACUACUGCUCGCUACUUGCUGGAAAAGGGAGCCGAUACCACCAAACGAAACAAUGCCGGAAACACUCCAUUUCACGAGGCAGCGACAUUUAGUCGAGAAACCGACAUUCUCGAUUUCAUUAUGGCCAACAACAAAAAAUUUGAUAUUGACCACCGAAACCAAUCUGGACUGACUGCCCUCCACAUGGCAAUCAAGGUAUCCAACACAGCUACAGCAGAAUAUCUUUUAUCAAAAGGAGCCAACCCAAACGCUGCUGAUCGAAAUGGACGCACUCCACUUCACGUGGCGGCCUAUUAUGCCAAAGACAUUGCCAUUGUCAAACUACUCCUCAACCGCAAAAACGUGAAUGUUAAUCAUUUAGACAAUAGCGGACAUAGUGCGCUGUUUUACGCAACGAGCAACGAGCACGGACUUGGCGAGGCAAUUGCCAAUCUGCUGAGGGAAAAAAUGGCCACAAAGGCAGAAGAAAUCAAUCACGAACCGGAGAACAUGGCGGCACCGGUUCCAGCAUGUCGCAUCAAACAAGAUUCGGACAUGGAAACGAUUCGCUUCUUGAUAGAAAAUGGACAAGAUAUUAGCGCAAUGACAUGGGGAGAAAAUGGAGCGAAGGCACUUCACGUGGCGGUAGCUAACGAAAAGACGAUGGCGGAUCUCAUCGACGCCAUUCUGGAAACUGGAAAAUUUGACGUCAACGGAGUCGACAGCGACGGAAGGACACCUCUCCAUUACGCAAUCAUGGGAACCAACUAUGAAAGAAAUGUUCCUCACCUGAUUGGAAAAGGAGCCGAUCCCAAUAUUGCUGACAAUAACGGAAUCACCCCUCUUCACAUGGCAGUGAUACAUGCAGAAUCGAUGGAUCUCAUCGAUAUUCUCCUCAAAACUAAAAAACUGAACGUCAAUGACUACGACGACAACGGACUUGCUGCUCGCGAUUGCGCUCGAUACAACAAACACGGACUAGGCGACACGAUUAUCGCUCGUCUGACGGAAUAUAUCGAAAUGGAAUCCCCUACGGAACUUUCAGCUUCACGUACGAUCAUUUUAGCUUGUAUUUGUUUCUGUUUGCUAGCUUAUGUGGUAUCAGCCUUACAAAACAUAUAAUGUUUUAAUGCUGCAACAACCCCAAUAAUUUUCUUUUUGAAAUAAUUCCAAUUGUUUCACAAUUAUACUAAUAAGAAAUGUAGGAAAUUGGUGGCUAUACAAUAUAAACAAAAAAAAAAAAAAUUUAAUAGCUAAUUGUUUUUAUCUUCAUUCAUAUUGCCAGUCCUUACGCUUACGAUUAUACGAUUUGAGUAUCUAGAGAAGCAAGUCAAACGGGACGCCUGUUCUAAACGUUACAAGAACCGCAUCGUUGGCUGCUCUGCUGUAUCAACGUGAUUCUUUCAUUCAAGUGUCCUUUCAUUCAGAAUUAGAUUCAGAAAUGGUCAAUUGUCAAUAAACUUAAGACGCGUUAGUUGCGUUAAACAAUUUUUCCUAUUGUAGCAUAGGUUAAGAAACUGCUCGAGAAACUGACCUGAACAAAGGCAGUUGAGGUGUACUGUGUCAGGAUCCAUCUCAGAUUUUCCUUUCCUUCCGCAUAUCGACAUCGUCCGACAGCAGGAGCUGGCCAUCAUCCGGAAGUGGGCGAAAGAAUAUUUCCUAUAUUGAAUUGCGGUUGCCUUUGUUAGUAGCGGAAUGGGACAGGUGAUGUGAUUUUCUCGAAUAGUCUAGGUUGAGUAUGAAAAAAUUAAUACAUGCUGGCAAAAAAAAAAUUCAAAAUUCAAACGAGGUCAGACCACGCCCAGAUAAUGACGCCAAUCGAUGAAGGGAGGGUGGCCUUUAAUUCGAUUUGGUCACUCUUCCCUCACUCACAUCACACAAGACGGACGGAAGGAUAUCUAUAAAACAAACAUAAUGCGGAAACAUCUCGCCAAAUGUUUAAAAUUGCACAGUGUCGACGUGGAUGAGAUUCGAACUCAUGCGUGCAGAGCACAACAGAUUAGUAGUCUGUCGCCUUAACCACUCGGCCACCACGUCUGCCACUUCAUUCACAACAAUGAUAUCAUUGUCACAUUUGAUAGCACACAUCUUGAAGGUCGAAUUUUGUUCUGGAUUGAAAUUUCGUAUGAUUUCCAAUAGCCGAAUCACCAGGUUAAACGAACAGCAAAAGUCGGUCGUUUAUUGGUGAAUACUUGGCGAAAUAAGAGUGCAAACUUCCCUCUGCUUCCCUAAUAAAAGUCGGUCAAUAAUUACGAUAUUUCUGCUGACAAAGAACAGCAGAAAGACAGAAACCAUGUGUAUCCUGGAGAGACACUCUCCUGCAGAAACUCUUUUGAAUCUGUGCAGACAUCAAAAUGUGCAGACUCCAAACAUGGCCAAUGGCCACGAUGAAAAGCUAAACAAAAACAAUAGUACAAUACCCCAAAUGCAAAAUUAAUUAAACUGAGAAUAUACUAGGCCUAGGCCUACUAGACAGAAAAUCUAUAACCGCCAAAAAAUAAAAA